AUGGUUGUUCGUGCUACGAUGGCAACAUCUAGCGCCCAAGGCUCAUCUCGAAAGGUCAAUGGGGUUCUUCCGGUUUCCAGUCAACAGGCCACCACUGAUGCGCCAAAGUCCAACAAGAGUAGGACUCCUGUCGAAGGCGACAAAGUUAUCAUUCGAAGACUACCCCCGGGCAUGACGGAGCAAGAACUAUGGAACAAUCUCGGCGAUGAAUGGAAGGCUGGCAAUGGUCUUGUUAGCUGGCACAACUUUGAGUCUGGGAAGAUCUCUCAUGACCCUGCGAAGCCGUCAAGGCCAGGACGAGUCUACCUCCACGUUCUGAAACGCGAGAGCUUAAACACAUUGUCGAAUUUGAUUCAGGCCAAAUCUUGGGAAGAUGCGAAAAUGACUUCCAAUAGCGCGUCUUUGAUCGGUCCGCCAGUUCUCGAGUUUGCGAUAUACAACAAAGUCCCGAGCAGCAAGAAGCGCACCGACCCCAGGCAGGGAACUAUUGAUCAAGACCCCGAAUUCAUGGCCUUUCUACAGUCUUUGACCAAUCCCGAGAUGGACAAGGACAACGAGAACAACGAGAGCAAGGAUACGGAGGAGACGAAGCCCGAAACCAAGGUCACGACGACACCCUUGAUUGAGUUCCUCAAAGAGAAGAAGGCGAACAAGCAGAAAGAAGCUGCUGCCGCUAAGAGCGCUAAACAGGCUCGACAGGACUCCAGCACCAAAGGCAAGUCAUCAGCAUCGACGGCGGAGGAUUCAAAGAAGGGCAAGAAGGACUCCAAAGGAGAGAAAUCGACCGACAAACCUAAGGAAACGGUCAAAAUCCUCACUAAGAAGGCCACCGCGGAUGCUGUCAAGGCUGCAGAAGCCGUCGCCAGCCAAAUCACGCAGGCCUCCUCAUCCUCUCAGGAUCAGCCCAAGAGUAGGCGAGCUGGCAUUGCGGCCGCUGCCCGUAUCCUGCAGCGAGAUCUUGGUAUCAGUCCCGGAAGCGCCCAUAGGAGGGCACGACUCGAUGCUGCGAAGGCUGAGGCAGAUGCGAAGGGAACGUCCUCGAAGGAAUCAUCGCAACCUGCGGUCGAACCCCCAGCAGCUGCUCCUACACCAGCUACGGCUCCGGCUCCUGUAUCCUCAGUCACUUCGCAGGCCUCAGAAAGAAAUGCUGCACCCACGGCGCCUAAGUCGAGUCGCUCUCGAAGAGGUGGUGGCGGAAAAAAUGCAAGUGCCAACGAGACCAAGGGCAAAUCAACCGAGGCCAGCGGCUCCUCCAACGCCCCGGCACCUGCCAAGGCCCCUGUUAUUCUGCUCAAGAAAAAGGACGAGGAGAAGAACAAGGAGAAGCCCACCAAGGCUGACAAGGAAGCCUCGGGCUCAAAUCCGCAACCAGCCGCUCCGCCGGCAAAUGCUAAGGCCAAUGCCCCGACCGGUCCUAAAGCAUCAGGCAAGGGCAGUAACGCCAAGAAGAGCUCCCCGGCCGUUACCGCUGGCGUGACCCGCGGUUUCGUCAAACACGCAAACCCAUCACAGGGUGUAACCGAGGCACUCCUCAAGCAAGCCAUGGAGGUCUUUGGCACCGUUACGUUUGUCGAAAUUGACAAGCGCAAGGGCUUUGCCUAUGUCGACUUCUCCGAUCACGACGGCCUCGUCAAGGCCGUCGUUGCGAGCCCCAUACAGGUUGCGCAGGGCACAGUCCAGGUUCUCGAGCGCAAGGAGAAGAAGGCCGCCGCCUCCAACUCGAACCCGAAUGCCAACAACUCCAAUAGCAGCACCGCCAAUGCCGCAGCAGCAAGCUCCAGCUCUGCUGCACCCUUUACGACUGCGUCUAACAACAACGCCACGCCUUCCGAGAAGCCGGAGCACCACAAGCGGACCAGACGCGGUCGUGGUGGUGGUAAGGCCGCCGCGGCUGGUGCGUCGGGCAGCAACAGCGGCAACAAGGAUGCAGCGCGCGAGUCCGCCGCCUCUGCUGCAGGUACGGGAUGA